UUGAAAAAUAGUUUGUUGUUGGUGGAGGAAGAUGGCAGCCUCCUGGGGUGUAUCCCUAAAGGUGGUGGCACUGAGAGCAGUCACCCCCUGGUGGAGUAGCAGGCUCCGUGAGGCCUCUGUCAGACCUCAGGCGCUUUGGGAAGCAGCAUCCUCCAGCCCCAAGGCUGGUGAAGGGCAGAUCCAUCUCACGGAGAGCUGCAUCCAGGGUAUUUGAACAGG